AGUCAGGGGUGCAGCCGCACAGGGCGGUAGUGACGGGCGUGACGUAGUCGGUGGAGGAUGUACGCCCCUGUCAGCGAGGGUACCAGCAACCAACAACCAGUCCUGGUCAAUCCAUGGUGGUUUCAUCCGCCAGUUGGAAGAACAGUUGGGCACGAGCGCAACAAAGAAGGGCGCAACCUGUUCGAAGGUGGCAGUGACAACAGAGGUAGCGAAGAUUACGGGGUGGUUGGGUCUAAGGGUGGCAUCAUGGACUCUCAUCAGCAACAAUUUUGUCUUAAAUGGAACAGUUUCGGCACCAAUCUAGCAACGGCCUUCUCGAAUUUAUUCCAAAGCGACAGACUCGCUGAUGUCACCCUUUUCUGCGAGGGAGUAACGUUCAAAGCGCACAAAUUGAUCCUCGCAGCAUGCAGCAAACAUUUCCAGGAACUUUUCGAAGGGACUCCACCAUUUCCCGCAGGACUGAUCGUUAUUCUAAACGGGACGAGCGCCGAUAAUAUGAGAUCACUUCUCGAAUUUAUGUACCGCGGUGAGGUACACGUGUCACAAGAUUCUCUCAGUUCUUUUCUCAAGGCAGCGGAAUGCCUUCAAGUGAAAGGUCUAUCGAUCGAGCACGAGAAACUAGCAGUGGCGCACAGACACGCGGCAGGGAGCAAUAAUUCGUCAACGGACACAGGCAACAACAACAACAACAAUAACAACAGCAGUAACAACAACAACAACAACAACAAUAUUGGAAUUAGUAGCAGCAGCAGCAGUGUUGGACCUGGUGGUAACCUCGAUGACAAUGCCACCACCAAUGGGGGUAAUGCAAGUGGUAGUAUCGUUGCUGGCACCGGUGCCGUAUCCAGUGCAAGUACCUCCUGUGAGGAUGGAAUUGAUGACAUUGUUGAUCCCAAUAAUGAGGCCGGUGAAGUCCCAAUGCUGAGGAAUAGUAUAAAAAGAUGCAGAGAUGCAACCCCUACGCCUGCACCUUCCCCAGCACCGGCAUACCCCGUACCAAACAUAUUUCCCCAAUUUUAUGAAAGCCCUCCCAAGAAGGUAAUGAGAAGUUCGAACGAGGUUGACGCGUUAGGUAGGGCGAGCGUUUUGCGCGACGGUGCAACGUUCCGGCCAGCAUCUGCACCACAACCACAUCUUUUGGAAAAUCAUUUUUAUCAACCGUUUGCUCAUCCAUCUGAUACACCUGCCCAUUCGCAUACUGCGCCCCAUACACCAACGGAACUAGAACAGGAAUUGGAACAAGCAAGAUCGGAGGAACGUAAUAACUGUGAUCACAAGGAAAGCGUCGCGGAAGAUUUACGAAUAAAACAAGAACCAAUGGCAUUGACGGAUCGAGAACAAGCUGAAACAUUGGCAGAAAGAUUGUCGAGCGAGGUGUAUUCCGGUGAUAGGGGGUUCGAGGGUUAUUGCACUAAUUCGAAACUUUUUUCACGUGGUGCACAAAUGGGAUCCGCGAUGUUAUCGAUACCACCGGCACAUCCACCGACUACAGAUAUAAAACCAGCUUUAAGUAGCCCUGCCAUGUGGAAUACGAAGAUAAACAAGGCUGGAACCGUAUCGACACCCGAGGGUAAAAAAUUGAAGUGUCCAUAUUGCGAGAAAUUGUACGGUUACGAGACGAAUUUGCGUGCCCAUAUACGUCAACGUCAUCAAGGAAUUAGGGUACAUUGUCCAUAUUGUACGAGAACAUUUACAAGAAACAACACUGUUAGACGGCAUAUUGCACGUGAACACAAAGCUGAGGUGAAUCUAAAAGUUUUCCAACAAACGAAUCAUUCGGUAUCCGAUUCCGUGCAACAGUAACAACAUAAUCCUUGACGUUUUUAUCAUCAUUGCCGUCAUCAUCAUCAUCAUCAUCAUCAUCAACAACAACAACAUCAUCGUCAUCAUUGUCGUCGUCGUCGUCGUCGUCGUCGUUGUAAUCGUCGUCAUUAUGGUUGUUAACAACCCUAAUCUUCGUCCUUAUUUUAUUUUCUUCGUGAUUCCGUGACUCAACCAACAUCAAAGGAAAUAUUUGAAGAAAAAAGGGCAAAGGGAAUAUGAAAGGAAUGAAAUAUUUAUCAAUACCACCGAAACGCAACAUGAAUUUUUUUGUUUUGCUAUCGGAUUUAUGCUACACGAAGAAACGAAGAGGAAGAGAAGGAUGAGGAGGUGGGGAAGGGGAACUUUUUAAUAGUUCGCUCUCACCCCCCAUCGCAACAACCCUUCGACGUUCGACUCGAAUACCGUCCCUUAUCACUUGAUCGGUAAAAAAAAAAAAAACAAAGUAAGACGAUGUUCCAACACUGUUUAUUCAAAACAAAAAA